CCUAUAAACUGCCUGUUUGUUAGUCUCCUUCGGCUUUGCAGAAAAGAUUUGCUAAGAUACACUGCUAUAAAAACUUUUACAAAAAGCUGUUUCAAAUGAUUCCUCCAUGUGAAAACGCCCUCCACAUAAUGUACCACGAGGCUCAGAGAGGCAUGAGAGACAAGGAUGUCACAAAGAGGCUGCAAUACCCCUCACAACAAAAUCUCAACUCCAAAUGGGAAAACAGUAUUCUGCAACCUCCACAGUGUGCAACUAAAGUUAACAUAUGGGAAAUAAAGCCUCCUGAUUUUAGUUAUAAACUGUAUACAUCUUUGGGAUUUCCAAAAAUAUCAUCAAGAACCCUUAAAGAAGAACAAAAGAGAAAAAAAAGCAAUGUUCCAGAAAGAAUAGUUGACUUGCCCAGCAUAAGGAAUCAUCCCAAGAAGGCCAUAUCUAAGUUUGUAACUACAUUUCCACAUCUGGAUUCACACAGAGCGCAGUUAAUGUUUGUAAAGGGUGGAAAAUCCCCGAGGGGUGUAUAUGUCGAUCCAAAACCACAUGACUUCCGACAGUACCAACCUGAUUUACCAAACUUUGUGACAACUUAUGAAAAGGACCCUUUGGGAUUAAAAUUUAAGUCACAACUCUUAAGUACAGAACGUGGGAGCCAUUUACUGAAAAAUGAUAAACAGAAGAACACUAUAGAAAGAUUUAUCACCUACAAGUCUCGUGAAUGCACCUGGGACUCAAAACUAAUUCUGACAAAAUCCCCAUGGCCUGUUAGAUCUGCUUCAUACACAAGACACAGAAGGCGGCGUGAUGCGUAUGGUGCAUUUAUGGAUCGUGUGGAAGAAAAGUUUAUGAAAACACGCCAGAUCAGAUAGCUGAUAGACCAAAUCAACAUAGUGCUUCUGGAACUCUCGCUUGAAUGUUCACCUUCUGUGCAUUUCCUAAUAAAAGCCAUGACGAAUUUUGGCACCAUCCUGGAUUCCAGAGAAAUCUGCACUCCCCCAGAGGCACAAGAAAGUUCUAAAACAACAAAUGUUCUCAAAUAAAAAGUUGCAUAAUUUAAAUUUCUGUGUUGCAACAUGGAUGAGAAUACUGUCAUCAGGCUUUUGAUUUAGUUUGUGAAAUUUAGAUCUCACAACUAUGAGUGGAAAUGCUAAUAAAAGUUGUGCCUCUGAUAAUACUCAAAAUUAUAGAGAUGCUCUAGUUUCAGCUUAAGCUAAGAACAGUAGAUAAACAAGAGCAUUACUUACUAAUUUUGACCGCCAAGGUUCUCUAAGGCAGAUGUUGCAAAUUUUAUGUUUGUAUCCUUCACAGAAAAAAAAAUUCUCUGUAUAUAGUAUAUAUUCUCCUAAAGGAUAACUAUUACACUGUGUGUGCAGAAGUGAUAGUUGGUUAAAGGUCAAAACUUAAAAAAAAAAGUACAGAACACAGUUUAAGUAGUUUAAAUACAAAUAAGGCAAUAACCAGUGGGAUAUUAUCCAAAGACAAAAGAAUAGGAAAGUUGAAUUUGUGACAGAGCUAAGUUCUUCUAAGGUUUAAGUUGUUCCUAGAAAUAGAUCUUAUUUCAUUAAUUGUAGGAUGCCAGAUGGCUUGUGAUAAUGUUUAUUUCUCAAAAAAAAAAAAAAUCAAGAGUUAUAUGGA